UUUGAACAUUUAAAAAAAAAGGAAGGUUUCUCAACUCGUUGUAAUCAUUUUUCUUUCGAUAUGUUCCUCGAUUAAGUAGCUACUCGAAGACGGCUGGACUGAUUUGAGGCAUCCUUUUUUUGUUUAAUAGCAUAAGUAGUAAGGGCCUAAAUGUUACGACUACCUGGGUCCUGUAUGUCCUGUAUCAGAGUUCAAUAUUAAAAUACCAGACACAGGACCUAAUAUUAAUGGUAAAAUUAGCAAAGAGUAAGUUAGUUUACAGGGAACAUAUUAUUCUUUGGCGAUCCUCUGUUAGGAGUUAUCUGUAGUAAACCAGAAAAUUAAGUCAAAUACCUACGUAAACAAUAAAAUAAUUAUUGCCUUAAGACCAAGAAUUGGAUUGAAAAUGAUUUUUGUAUUGUAUGUAAUAGUUUGUGAUUUCUAAAAAUACAUGAUGAGUCCACUAAGAAGAGCGGUGUUGCAAAAUUUCAAAAAAUUACAUAGAACACGUAUGUGCGUAUUUGAUGGUGAUGAGAGAGCUUUAAAUGCAGCUAGGAUUAAGAUAAAUUCAGAGUUUAACAAAAAUAAAAAUGUAAAAGAUGUUAAUGCUAUAAAAGCGAUGAUCCAAUUUGCCGAAGAAGUUGAAAGAGAGUUAAGAACCCAAGUAAUUCAAGCAAGGGAAGUGAAACCUGGUGUAUUUGAAGCUAAGAUCACAGAUGAAACUGUCAAGCUAGAUAAUAUACCCUACAAUGAUAGUGCAAUACCAGAAGAAAUUAUACCAGGACAAAAACCAUGUUGCCAAGACCAAGCAAAGAAUACAUAGUUAUUUUGAGAUAAAAUUUAUUUAUUGUAGGAAGGUAUAGAUAUAUAUUUUAAAUUUAUUUAUUGUAUAUAGGUAUAGAUGGAGAUUUCAAGUGAAAUUAAAAUAAUAUAUUAAAAAUUUGUGGAAUCUUUUACAGCAGGGCUAGCACAGGCCGGAGAUAAAAAUUAUAUCCCCCAAUGAUAUUCCCUGACAGGGGAUAUUACUUGUCCAUCAUCUAAAUUAUGUGAACAUGGAAUACAAGAAGUUAACCCUUGUU